AUGUUUGAGGAAACCCCGUAUCCCGCCGGGAUGCUAGACGCCGACCGUCAGCGACUGCAUCAGCUUUUGGCGGAGAUGGCAAUGGAUGACCCCGAUACCCAGGAAUUGCGCCCCGAGAAUACCUCCAUGUUCAAGGGAAAGGACCUGACUAGAGCUGAGAAGGUUAACUUGAUGGACCUUCUCGCACAGUUCAUGUCCAUGACCAAGCACAUGCCCGACCAAGCUCGCAGAAGCGAGCUGUACAAAGAAUUCUUCGACGCCAUAUUCAGCAAGUGGUACUCUGGAGAGAAGCCAAAGAGUCAUCAUAUGCUGGCCCCCCUCAGAAUGAUCGAGUCAAGCGCCCAAGUCGGAAUACUGCGCAUUAACCACCCCAUCAACAAGUAUUUCCCGCAGACGCCCGAGCGCAUGGCUGGACAGCCUGCUUUCCUCGGUCUGGACUUGAUUCCGGACGAGGGUGGGUGGCGAUGGAUCUGGACGGACCGCCGAGGGUGCACCAUCGACUCGCAGUACAUCAACUUCCUUGGAUUGACCCGAGCCGAAGCUCGCAGACAGGCCAUCGCCAACUACGACCGCGCCGAGCUCAAACGAAUCACCAAGUAUAACCUCGACUUGGUGGUUUCGGUGGCUCAGCGACGCAUCGCGAGGUGGGCUAAGCAUGGUCCUGCGUACAAGGCACGCGUCGAUGAUGUCGACCGCUUCAUACCCGGCGGUAUCCAAAAGCUUCUUCUGGCUCGUGACUGGAUUUCGCAUUGGUCGCGAGUUGCCUUUGUCUUGACUGAUGAAAUGCCUCCUUCAGAGGAGGAGAUCAAGAUGCCCACUGACGAAACUCGCCAUUAA